GUCAUGUGUUUGGAAGUGUGUGCAGGAUCCGUCCCAUCCGGUUCCGUGAUCCUGCUGGCUGGCGUCUGAUCUCACCAGGAUCCCGUUAUUCUCAGAUCCUGCGGCUAGGCCCCAGAUCUCAGGGAUCCCGCCGUCGUCAGAUCCCGCUGAUCCCUUCCUUGUGAUCCCACUGUCGUCUCAUUUAAUACCCCCCGAUUUUCGUGGAUGUCUCCAGAACGCGGGCACACAAACCACCCGUUUUCCUGCGAGAUGGCCACGGUCUUCUUUCCCUUUGCACCGUCAGACGAGCAAAGAUCUGUCUGAGGCGGUGCUACAGGCUGCUGUGGGCGCAUUUUCGGGGAGACUACUCGAGAUUGAGCUCCUAGAUUCGUCAGGAAUGCGUGUGGCAUGGCUCUGCUGAAUCAGCGGCCUCACCUGGUGGAGCUAGUGAAGUGUGUGGUGGUGGGGGACAACGCCGUGGGGAAGACUCGACUCAUCUGUGCCCGCGCCUGCGCCACGCCCAUCACCAAGCAGCAGCUGCUGGCGACUCACGUGCCCACAGUCUGGGCCAUCGACCAGUACCAGAUCUCUCCACAGAUAUUGGAGCGGUCCUAUGACAUAGUGGAUGGUGUGCAUGUGUCCCUGCGACUGUGGGACACGUUUGGUGACCAUGAGAAGGACAGGAGGUUUGCCUAUGGAAGCCACUUUUCUAGGUCGGAUGUGGUGCUGCUGUGCUUCUCCAUCGCCAACCCGACCUCGCUGAAACACGCCAUGCUCAUGUGGUACCCGGAAAUCAAGCAGUUCUGUCCCCACGCCCCAAUCAUCCUCACCGGGUGCCAGGCUGAUCUCCGCUACGCCGACCUGGACUUGUACAACAAACACAAAGGGCCCUUUGCAAGAAAAGUCAAGCCAUCAGACAUCAUGAUGCCUGAUGAAGGGAGGAGCGUGGCUAAAGAACUCGGCAUUCCUUACUACGAAACCAGCGUCGUGGACAACUACGGCAUCCGCGACCUGUUCCACAACGUGACGCGGGCGGCUCUCCUGGCCCGGCGCUCCUUUCUGUUCUGGAAGUCCAACCUGAAGAAGGUGCAGAAGCCCCUGCUGCAGCUUCCCUUCCUCCCUCCCCCUCCCCCGCUGCCAAUCAUCACCGUGCCAUCAAACACUCACGUGGAGGAGCUGAGGGACUUCUUCCACAACCCUGUCUGCAGUGACGUGACGUUCCUAGCCCAGGGGGUCAGGGUUCCUGCCAACAAAGUCUUCCUCGUCGCUGCCUCGCCUUUCUUCAAAGACCUCUUCAUGAUGGAUCUGUCGCAAGACCUGGCCAAUCAGAAGGACCCGUGCACGACCCUCCUUGACAAUGACCCCUCCAAAGAGAAUGGCUCGUCAUCAAGGACUUCCAGUUUACAGGUGACGACAAGCCAGCUGCUAGGCCAGGCGGACGCCAACGGAAAUGGCGCCGCAGACUUCCACGGUUUCCCCAGCCACGUCCUCGACCAUUCCGUCGUCCAUUCCAUUCACUUGGCGAAUGGAAGCGAUCCCUUUGUGGAAUCCGAGCGGCCGACCUUGCACACCUUUGUGACCCUGAGUCCCAGUGUUCUUCCUAACGUGUUCCAGCAUUGCCUUGAGUUCCUGCACACGGGACAGUUGGAGGAGAAGGGUCUCCCCCUGGCUGACAUGCUGCACCUGGCAAAGGAGUUGCAAAUGGUCGUCUUGGUAGAGAUGAUCAGGAACCGUCACAACGAGGAAGAAUUUAUGAAUUCCGAAGUCUCCUUCCGAUUCCAUAAACGGAGAAAUUCCGCAUUGAAAGAAUUGCUUUCCAAGGGCGUGCUGUCAGAUGUUCUGUUCCGUGUGGAUGACGGAACAGUCCCGGCCCACAAGCCUUUGCUCAUGGCACACUGCGAUGUCAUGUCGGCCAUGUUUGGUGGGAACUUCCUAGAGAGUUCCAUCAAUGAGGUGCCUCUGCCAGGGACGACCAAAGCUUGUCUACAGGCCCUGCUGGAGUACUUGUACACAGGACAACUGUCCCUGCCGGCCAACAGGGACUGUAUCGGCCUGAUAGAGCUAGCCAACAGGAUAUGUCUGCCCAGACUCGUAGCUCUUACAGAACAUCACAUUGUCCUUGAGCUGACCCGGGCCAGGGAGAAUAACCAGGACAUCCACCUGGAGGUGCUGAUGUUGCUGGAACCUGCACAGCUCCACAAUGCCUGCCAGCUGAGUGCCUGGUGCCUGUCCCACAUCACCACCAACUACAAGCACAUCUGCCGCAGAUACUCCAAGGAGCUUCACACCCUGACGCCAGAAACGCAGCAGUACGUGGCAAAACAUCGCUGGCCCCCUAUCUGGUAUCUGAAAGAGCGAGACUACUAUGAGAAAGCACAGAGGGAACGCGAGAGGGCAGAGGAAAAGAAAGCAGCUCUCCAGAAAGUCAAGCGAGUGAAGAAGUGGUGCUUCUGAAGGGGGAAAGACCAAGUCCAAACAUGUUAGCAUCGUCAAAGGGAGCUCCAUGAAGAGCUAAGGGUCAUGUACAGUGCCACAGGUUGAGGAAGUUUGGGGUAUCAAGUGCACAAUUGCUGUAUGACUUAAAUAGAGGUAUAUGUAAUGUUUAUGUAAAAGUCUUCAGAGUAGGGAGAGUGGAACAUUUCUUCAUUGCACGAUGAAUGUAACACAUCUUACCCAUAACUAAUUCACAAUGCACUUUGAGCUGUAUUAUUAGAUUCAGAUCACAGGUAUUUGUGUAACACAGCACCUAACUCUUAACAUUAAUGAGUAAACGAACUUAAUAUCAUCUAACCAAUCUGUUAGCUUAUGUUGUCUUUUGUCAGGGGAAAACAACAUAACAUAACAAAACAUUACAGUCAACACAGCAGCUAAUGAUGAUCAGACUAUUCUGCCUUAAUACAAUAGACAAAAAUAUUUGAUUGAGUACCGUGGAAAACUAUAAUCAUUGAAAUGCUGCAUUAUUUGUCAGUCAAGAGAGGUCAGUAUAUUAUAUAUGUUAUGUAUAUGCUAUCUAUAGCCAAAUUCUUGGAUAAAAAUUCCAUGUCUUCCUACAGAAUGUUGAUUGAAAAGUGCCCUGCAUGUAGUACUUAGAAUAUGUACAGUUAUAUAUAUCAUGUGACUGAUCAGAGAUUUGAAAUGACAAAGGAAUUGUAAUAAUCCCAUCUUUAGGAAAAAAAUAAUUUGCUAUAAUUUCAGUUUAAUCACUCCAAUCUACAGUUGACCUACAUGAUGUGUUUGUAUUUCCUACAGAGCUAGGGAAACUUAAAGUUAAAGAAAUAGAAAAAUUAACUAAAUAAAAUGUAAAUUUACUAAGAGUUGCAACAGCAAGAUUUAAAUUAAAUAUUUGUAACUUGCUUGGACCAAAUCAAUGCCUUAAAUAUAUAUUAUAGCAGUUGCUUCAUUGUUGAAAAUUACCAGAGAAACAGUGACUUCACUUGUGGUAUACAACUUUCUGUUGCACAUCGCAAUUUGGACAACAGUAAUCAGGAGGGUAGGCGUAGAUUUUGACGCCCCUAUGUUCUGACAACCCUAUGUCCGACGUGGGGUUUAGGGUUGUCGGAACAUAGGUUGAGUUGUUAGAGCAUAUUGGGGUGUCAGAAAAUAGGGGUGUAACUGCAUGUUACACUCAUGAAUGUGGUAAAUGCUAGACUGUUUUCCUACAGAGUGAAAAAUUAGUGCAAUUAGAUGAAGAAAAUAAUCACAGACUGAAACACAACAAAGUGGUAGUUAUUUAGCACUCUGCUUGUACUAAGGUAGCCGUUUGACACCAAAGUUGUAUUGGUUAUGGGGUCAGGCAGCAGGAAGAAGGUUAAAUAUUAUAAUAUGAAGCUUACACUGUGAUAGAGAAAAGCUUACUGAAUGUAUCAUCAGAUGUUGGAAUGUGUUGGGAAUAUAUCUGUAGUAGUAUGUACAAAUGUACAUGUAACGUAAGUGAUGAAAAUAACAGGUGGUUUUACGAGUCUUGCCCCAUGACAUAAAAAUACACAAAUCUCGUCAAAUCACACCAGAACAUAUUGAUAGCAACCUGAAACUAUAGCCAUAAUUGAUAUGUGAUGAAAAAUUGCCAGCAAAGUCUAAUAUUGUUUUGUAGAUGUUUCUUUUGAUUCCAUAUGAUUUGUGAUAUUGUGUUUCUUUUUAGUGUGUGUUAACAAAAUGAGCAUGUGUUAGCAAAAUUUUAUUCAGUGGAAAAAGUUUGGCAUUGAGUUUGGAAGAAAUGUGCCAGUACAUUAACUUGUUGUUACUGGAAGUGCCAUCAUAUUACUAGGCGCACGUAUAUAGUUUGUCUUGUACUUUGACAGUUACAUACACCUUAAUUAAGUGGAGUUACUGGUACCACGUAAAUGACAGAGUUUAAUGCACAACUUUGUGAUUUGACAACUGUUAGUAGAGUUGCAAAUGAGUGGAACUUUAGUGUGUACAACUGUCUGAUCACUAGUGUGGCACUAGUCUGUGAUAAGAAGUCCUGGAAUGUCACUUGUGUCAUUUUCAAGGUCAUAACAUUUCAGAAAUAUGCAUAUAUCACUUCAAUCUCUUGUAGAAUGUAUUUUGAUGGCAGUCAUCCACUGCUAAUGUGAACUAACAUUGCCAGCUGUUUGUUAAGUUUGAAAUCUUUAAAUGAUACCAAGAGUUGAAAGAGAAGCUGAAAUUAGAAAAAAAAAGCUGUUUGGCCAAAGAGUGUCACAUUGAUACAAGGACAUUAUCUACUUCAAUAUAAUGCCCUUGGUCAAUGGUAAAAUGAUUAACCACAAUCCCAAGAACAGAUAAAGAAAAGUUGUUGAUUGAAAUACAAACAGCACAAGACACACUUGUGAAGGGUAGUAUCUACUAGGGACCCAUCUUUUUGAUGGUCACUUUUGUACUAUAACAGGUCAGUUUCAACCAGUAAAUUGCAUUUGACGGGUAGGCAUUUGUUUUAGAGACUUGUGAAGGGUAUCACUAGUGCUCAAAAUGUACCCAAACUUAUUUGGAUAAGCCAGUAAACAGAUGAUACAACAUGCAUCUUGAAGUACGUAGUCAGCAAGAAACACCACCCCCUGCUAGUGCUGUAUUCCAAUAUGCAAAGCAUGUGCAGUCCACCACUGUACACUGAAUGCCUACUUCCAUGUUCAGGACAGUAUUGAGGCCGGUAGCUUUCUUGUGAUCAUGAGGAUGGUUUGAACCAUCAUUGCAUGCUGACAGAUGUCAACAUAUUGAAUCAUCUGAGUACUAUAUUGUUAUGUUUAGAGAUUAGCUACCUUAAAGUUUACUUUUUACAUUCUUUUUCUUGCAUUCCAUAUCCUUGUCAUGAAUUUAUUAUUACAUGUCACAUUGAUUUAUUUUGUCAUGUUGCAACAUUCAAUGUAAUAUCAUCAUCUUAACUUUAAAUCCUGUUGUUGGAGAUAUCACAGCACCUGCUGUAGUUAGGGAUUAUGCAAAAAUGCCAGUAGAAACAAGAAAUUAAAAGGCUUUGCCCCUGAGGUGUGGCCAAAAAUUAGAUUGACAAACAACUAAACCAGGCAGAGCAUUUUAACAUUUAACAUCAAUGCUCAAGUGCUCUAUGGGUGCCCUGUUUAUGGUACCAAUUUUGUAUCUAUUGAGGUGCUACGAAACUGCUGGGUUAGUUACAGUCUUCUAUCUUCAUGUUUAGUACCAGUACAUCGCAAUAUUGAGACAUUAUCAUGUUGAACACUGUUUGCAUAAUUAUUUAGUAGCAAACUGACUAUACUAGAGUGUGUUCAUAGCAAAAUACAUGACGAUGCUAGUGUCGUGUACAGUGAUACAAAACUAAUGCAAUGUCUUAACAUUUAACUUCAGAAUCUGUUGCACAAGCACGGUUUGCAUACAUGUACAGCAACUUGUAGUGUAUCCCAUGCUGGCAUUACUGGGUUAAAUGUUACAUGUAUCACUGUUGGUAUAAUGUCAACCUCCAAAU